AUGGCUCAGGGCCUAGUUGGUAGCAUUACUUUUAUUAUGUACAUUGUGUUUAUUAACAUCAAUGUGGAGAAGUAGUAAGGGAGUUACAUUUUCAUUUACUGAUAGUAUUUUUUUUUAUUUUUUUUAAAUUUUAAAGUUUUUUAAAAGUUUUAAAAAUUUUUAAAAAAUUUUUAAAAAAUUAAUUUAAAUUUUAGUCUAAAGUUACGAACCAACUGUAUAUUAGGGUUGAUUUUCAUGCUAAUCUUCCACUUUAUGACUUAUCCGUAUGCCAUCUACAAUAACCAUGUCAAGUACAAUAAUGGUAUGCUUUUUGUUAAGUAAGAUAGGCUAAGGAGUGGUAAGGAUAAGCUUUUGCGUUUGUCAAGGCAAGGUCUUGGUCAAGGCAAGGUCUUGAUCAAGGCAAGGACUUGAUCAAGGCAAGAUCUUGGUCAAGGUAAGGUCUUGGUCAAGGCAAGGUCCUGGUCAAGGCAAGGUAAUGGUCAAGGCAAGGGUUUAGUCAAGGCAAAGUCUUAAUCAUGGCCAGGUCUUGGUCAAGGCAAGGUCAUGGUCAAGGCAAGCUUCUGGACAAGACAAGGUCUUGGUCAAGGCAAAGCAAAAUCAAAGAAAAAAUCAAUAUUGUCCUUUUCAGAAACCGACCACCCUGAAAUAGGUUGUAAUGUAAGCCGUUACAAGUGGUGUUUUGAGUUGACAGCAAUUUCACCAUGGUUAUACUAUAUAUCGUAUAUUGUUCUGAUCGGAGUGUCAUUUCCAGUGAUGACAAUCUCUUUAUCAACCCUGUUUUCAAAAGUUCUGGGACCGAGAAGGCAAGGAACGCAUCAGGGAUGGCUACAAGUUUUUAGCUCAUUUGGUAAGGGAUUUCAAGCUCUACAACUUAUUUAGGGCUUACUGUAACAUUUUUGAUAGUACAGAAUCUAUAUUUAACUAUAUUACAGUAUCCCUAGACAAAUAUAAUACAGUAUACAUUGUUAAACCUAAAGUAUACCCCUUAGUUUAAGGCCGCAUGUUCGGUUCCAUGGCAUCAGCUUCAAUGUACGUUAAUGGUGGCCCACGACCAGUAUGGCAGAUGGAAAUAGCCAUCAUCGGCACUACCAUAGCUGCAUGGUUUUUGUUUUUCAAUAGCAUGGUAGCUUAUCGACCACCAAAACCUCGGCCGGUUCAUGAAGGCAGUGAAAAUUCUAAUCAAAGCAUUGAAUUUGUGCACCAUUCGUAG